UACGUAUUGGAUAGAACAGAUAGCGGAGGCAGCUCUCAGCUUAGGAGCAAAAUGAGCACCUCAGAGAACCUUCCAGAGAUCGACGAAGGACUGUACUCGCGCCAACUCUAUGUUCUGGGCUAUGAGGCCAUGCAGAAGAUAGCUACAGCUGCUGUGCUGGUCUCUGGCAUGAAGGGGCUAGGUGUGGAGAUCGCCAAGAACAUCGUUCUUGCAGGAGUGAAAUCUGUCACUGUCCAUGACCAGCAUGAUGCUCAGUGGAGUGACCUCUCCUCACAGUUCUUCCUGUCCGAAGAAGAUGUGGGGCAGAAUCGAGCUGUGGUUUCACAGCACCGUCUUAAAGAACUGAACCGCUAUGUGCCUGUGCUGGCCUAUACUCAAGGGCUGUCUGAGUGCUUCUUGUCUGCCUUCCAGGUGGUGGUCCUGACCAACUCCCCCUUGGAGGAGCAGCUGCGUAUCAGUGAUUUUUGCCAUGCCAACAACAUUUGCUUUGUCCUUGCUGACACAAAGGGCCUGGCUGGGCAGCUCUUCUGUGAUUUUGGAGAACACUUUGUGGUAUAUGAUGCUUCUGAGGCUGAACCUGUUUCUGCUGUCAUUCAGCACAUAACCCAGGGUUACCCUGGCGUGUUGACCGUGGCCUCCGAGAAUGAGCAGGGACGAGGGCAUCAGUUUGAGAAUGGCGACUGGGUGACAUUCAAAGAGGUGGAAGGGAUGACUGAACUUAACACCCUUGAGCCCCAUCCAAUCCAUGUGGCUGGACAGUACAGCUUGGAAAUUGGAGACACAUCUUCCUUUUCUCCAUAUAAAAGUGGUGGGAUCGUCACCCAAGUCAAGAUGCCUCAACAGCACUCGUUUGAUUCCUUGCGUGUCUCCAUGAGAAGUCCCAAGAUCAAGACUCCUGAUGCAGGGAAAAUGUCUCGCUAUCACACUCUUCACAUGGCCUUCUGGGCACUCCAUUUAUUCCAGAGCAAAAUGAAGCGACUGCCUAAGCCUCGGAAUCAGGCAGAUGCAGAGGACAUGGUGAAGCUAGCAUGGACACUAGCUACAGUUCAGGAGCCACUGGCUGACGAUCUGGUACGGACAUUUGCAUAUGGAUGUACUGCUGACCUGAAUCCUAUUACUGCCUUCUUUGGAGCGGUAGCUGCCCAGGAGGUCCUGAAGGCAGCCUCUGGGAAAUUCACUCCUCUGAACCAGUGGCUGUAUUUUGAUGCCUAUGAAUGCCUGCCUGAGGAGGACCAUGGCGUGUUGCUGACUGAGGAAGACUGUGCUCCACGUGGCAGCCGCUAUGAUGGGCAACUUGCCAUUUUUGGUGCUGACUUCCAGAAACAGCUUGGGAAGCAGAAAUACUUUGUGGUAGGAGCGGGUGCCAUUGGCUGCGAGCUCUUGAAGAACCUUGCAAUGAUCGGCUUGGCUGCUUGUGAGGGCGGGAACAUCACCGUGACAGACAUGGACAAAAUUGAAUAUUCCAACCUCAACCGUCAGUUCCUCUUUCGACCACAGGAUGUAUCUAAGUGGAAGUCAGAAGUGGCAGCAGCUGCCAUAAAGCUCAUGAAUCCCAGUGUCAGUGUAACAGCUGAGCAAAAUCAGGUUGGGUCUGAUACAGAGUGCUACUAUGGAGAUGAAUUUUUCCUUGGCUUGGAUGGUGUAGCCACUGCCCUGGACAGCCUGCAAGCCAGAGCAUAUGUGGGUAAACAGUGCACAAAGUACCUCAAGCCUCUGCUUGAUUCUGGAACGGAAGGCACCAAAGGGCACGUUCAGGUCCUUAUGCCCUUUGUGACGGAGCCAUAUGGCCAUGCCGUGGAUCGAGAUGAGGACAGCUACCCUCUUUGCACCCUGCGCUACUUUCCCACUACCAUCCAGCACACCCUACAGUGGGCCCGAGAUCAGUUUGAGGGUCUUUUCAGGAAGACAGCAGAGACCGUCAACAAAUUUCUGCAGGAUCCCAGCUUCUCAGAGACCGAAGAAGCAGAGGUUCUGGAGGUGUUAGAACUGGUACAAGCCAGUCUUCAGGAGAAGCCACAUAGCUGGGGGGACUGCGUGGCCUGGGCCCGAAGGCUUUGGGAGCGACUUUUCUCUCAUGAUAUUCAGCAGCUGCAGUACAACUUCCCACCUGACCAUAAGACAAUCUCUGGACUUCCUUUCAGGUCAGGACCCAAGCAAUGCCCUGAGAAGCUGGAUUUUAACUUCAGUAAUGUCACCCAUAGGACCUUCCUUUUGGCAGCCAGCCACCUUCUUGCUCAGAUGCACAGGCUGAAUGUGAGUGAGAGCAAUGCUCCCACCCGCCAAAUCCUCCUUGACUUGCACCUACUGCCUUUCCAGCCACGAAAUGGAGUGCACAUACCUGUCACUGAUGAAGAGAUGCAGAUGCACGGGGAUGCAGAGGUUGGUAAAGAGCUCAGGAGAUCUUCUACAGAUGAGAUAAGGCUGGCAGAAUUGAGGCAGGACUUGGCAAGGCUAAGGCGAGAGCUGGAGGAACAAGAUGCGCUCUUCUCCAGUCGUUUGGAGCCCAUUCAUUUUGAGAAGGAUGAUGACAGCAACUCUCAUUUGGACUUCAUCGUAAUGGCAGCCAACCUGCGAGCUGAGAACUAUGGCAUCCCUCCUGCUGAUAAACUCCAGGCUAAGAGGAUUGUGGGCAGGAUUGUACCUGCCAUUGCCACGACAACAGCUGCCGUCGCCGGCCUGGUGUGCCUGGAGCUGUACAAGCUAGUGUGGGGACACAGGCGUCUCAGCUCCUAUCGCAGCACUUUCCUGCGGCUCUCAGAGCCUCUCCUCCAUCGAUGCCAGCCCCAUUCGCCUCAGCCAGCGUACAAGUAUCGCCAGAAGACAUGGAGCUGCUGGGAAAGAAUUGAGGUGCCAGGAGUUGAUGACAAGGGAGAAGAGAUCACCUUGAAGGGCCUCUGUGAUCAUCUCCAGAGAGAGCACGGCCUGGAGCUACAGAUGCUGGUGUAUGGGAAGACUAUGAUCUAUCAUGGAUUCUGGGAAGAAGAGAAAAGAGAAAAACAGCUUUCCAACAGACUGACAGAACUGGUUUGUGCUACUGCAGAGACAGUGUCCAAGGACUGCCGGCUGUUGGUGUUCCAAAUUGUCUGUGACAAUGAAGAGGAUGAUGCCGACUUGCCCCCUGUUCAUGUUCAGUUCCCUCCAAUGAAAGGAAAGAAUGAGUAACUUGUAUGUUGGGGGGGCAGUGUAACACGCGCACACAUCCAUAUGCUAGCCAUACUCAUACUGAACAUGGCAGAGACAAAUUCCAUGGAAAGUCAAAAUGUGUAUUUUGCUUUGAUGAAGAAGGAAGUAUGCCCUCUUCAGUGACUGACCUGCAGGCCUGGUCUUGCUCUCAAGAAUAAAGAAUUAAUUAGGAAAUGAGCUCAUUCAAGACGUCUGUCCUGCAGGGUUCUUAUUUGCUUUGUUUUGGAGGGCUCCCCGGGCCUUGUCUCUGAUUCCCUUCCCAGCAUACUACAGCACUCCUUCAGGAGGUCUGGAAGCAUUAGCGUUGUUACAAGUAAGCAUGAAACGGCUUUAAUAUUUCAGAAUAGCAGCAAAAU